CUACGACUUGACUCAUGUGAAUGCUUAAAUUGAAUCAGCUGAUUUUUACAUCCGGUUCGAUAUUCAAGAUUUCUUUUCCGGUUCAUCCAGACCAGCGUUCCAGUGUUUGGAAGACUGACUGUAAAGAUGGUAGAUGAAGCUGGUGACAGGGAUGAUUCCUCUAAUGUUGCCAUCAUCAAAGAAGUAUACGAUAAUGAAAAUGCACAUGAAACAUUUGAAUAUGAAUUAGAAAGAGCAUUAGAAUCUGAAUGCAGUUUAAUUGUUAUUGAACCAUCAAAGUUAGGUGAUGAAACCUCUAGAUGGAUAGCAGUAGGAAAUUGUCUUCAUAAGACUGCGACAUUGUGUGGUCUUGCUGCCAUAACUACAGGUUUGAUUUGGGGUGAUCAGCCCUAUAUUUGUGGUCCAUUAGGUUUUAUAUCAGUAAUAUCUUGUGGACUUUAUACUGUUUCUUGGCAAUUUGAUCCUUGUUGCCAAUAUCAAGUAGAGACUGACACAAGCAAGCUACCACAUGUAGAAUUGUUAGCUGUUUUAGGACCAUCAUCUCCAACAUUUCUUGUAAGGAAAGAUGAUACAAGAAGAAGAAUUCUGCAUACAACUAUCACAUUGGUAGCUCUCAGCAUCAGUGCCUGGAGAGUUUAUCAAGCAUUUAAGUGAAAUGUUUUUCUGUCAAGAAAGUAAGAAUCUGAGUUGUAAAAAAAGAGUAAGGUAGGCCAUACGAUACAUUCAAAUGAUCGUAAUAAGGCCUAGCAUAAAAAUCGAUAAAUUAUAAUUUUAUGUAUAUUAGUGGGGAUUGUUGAGUCACACAAACCUAUUUUUGUUUAAUGUUUAUAUUUCUUUUAUGUUUUGACACUACCUCACAGGUGAAUGCUGAUUUUACAAUAAAAAGAAAAAUAUACAAAAAAAAAUUUAAAAAAAUUUGUUCUAAGAACAUUUUCAAUCUAAAACAUGUUUCUUAUGACUCCAUAUUGUUACUCUAUGAUCUCCAUCUUGUUAAUUAUAUCACAGUUAAUACUAAUGCAAAAAAGACAUGGUCAUUUUCACACAUCACCUAAGUGAUACAAAUACUGACAUAAGUGUUCUUAGAUUUAUGCAAAAUUACAACCAUACACCUGGAAAGUUGGAUUUAGAGAGAACUAUAUAUUUUUAGAUUGUAAAUAAAGUAGAUAGAAUACACUGCAUAUGAUGUAUUAAAGAGAA